AUGACAGAUAGGCCAUGCUACUAUCCUGAUGCUUCUCAGGCCGUGGACCACGUACCCUGCUCAGACAAUCCAUAUACAGAGACACAUUGCUGUAUGAGGGCGACAUCUGCCUGUCCAACAGUUAUUGCUUGGGCGUCGAGACUCAACCCUUUGGAUUGUUGCGUGGGAGCGGCACGAAUCAGUUCAAAAGUCACUAAUUACGACUACCAAGCCGGCAGCAACCCGGUUAGUUACCUCGAGUCCGGAAACGCCAGUCAGGCAUUGUACUGCUGCGGCACACUAACCGCCAGCGACAACCAAACUCGCUGCCGGGACAGGGACCCGUUCACGAUACAAGACGCACACAUACAACUUGGCUAUGCACUUCUAAGCGACGUCCAGUCUGUGCCAUCUUCCUCCAUGUCCCCCUCGCCUUCCUCGACAGAUAAUAGUGGUACAAGUCAUGAGGCAGCAAUUGGAGCGGGCGUUGGUGUUCCUUUGGGAGUGAUUGCAUUGGCAUCUCUAGGAUGA